AUGGUUUUUUCUGUCAAAAUGUCUACUGAGCAUUUGACUGUCCAUUUUCGUAAACAAAAGUUAAUAACGUUCGAAUGGAACAUUUUAGACGCGAAUUUUUUUUCUUAAAGUGCUGCUCAUUGCGUGAUUCUGAACGAAUUAAGUUGAUUUUUAAUUGUACCAUUGUUGGGAUGCAGAGGUUAUGAAAAAUUAUCGGUUUUGCUGGCUGGUACGACGUGGGAUUGACUUUAUUUUAAAUCGUGUGGCUCCCGUAAAUAAUUGAACUGCGGCAAAAUUCAUUCAUGGCAAAACCGACAAUUAGGAAAGUGUGCCCGCCGGCCUCGGAACUUUCGGAAAUAAAGAUUAACAUCCCGUGCCCCGAGGAGGGUUGCGGCGGACUGUUCUUCAACUCGGCCAUGCUUGACAUGCACCUCUUGAAGCACCACAAGAAGCUGAACAGCUGCCCGUCGAAGAGGGAGGAUGUCUCCGUCCAGUACCACUGCCCCGUCGACUCGUGCCCCUAUCACAUGGGCUCGGAGCGGUUCUUCAAGUGCAUGAAGUAUCUGAAGCAGCACUUCUUGAAGGCUCACGCAGAGAAGAAGUUCUGCUGCGAGAAGUGUGGGAAAGGCUUCCCCACAGAGGCAGCCAGGAAGUACCACCUCCCGACUUGCGGGGUGGCAUUUGUCUGCUCCUGCAAGAAGACCUACGGUUCGUACGGUGCGCUGGUAACGCAUGCUAAGAGGACCUUCCACACGUUCGAUAAGAAGUUCCGACUGUACGGAAGAAGUUCGGCGAACAACAUGGUGGAGGCAGAAAGAUUAAUGAAGUCGCAAGACAUAAAGUUUGCCCCUGCGACGGUGGCGGUAUCAAUCCAGCUGCUGGCCGCUGUGGCGCUCAACGAGUUGUCGCACCCCGCCGCGAAAGCUUCCCAGAACAAGGAGGUGCAGACAGAACCAAGCUACGUGGAGGGCAAGCGUGCCAGAAGGAGCCCCCAGAAGGCCGGUGAGAGGGCGGCCAAGAGGCGAACGUCCGCGCAGACCCAGACGGGCUCCGUCUCCCGCCACAAGCAGCCCAAGAUCAGUGCCCAGACCCAGACUAGUGGGGACUGCAUCCUGAAGAAAGCGAUGCAGGCUGCGGACAUCCCAGUGGCUCACGGAGGCCCCGGCCCUGGCACGAAGCAGCCCGCACAGGCGAGGCGUCGGAGGAAGAGCAUGGAGACGCAGACUUCUGGCCGGCUGGACAAGACCUCCAAGGACAAGCACUUGAUGUCCACGAGCGGGGGUUCGUUCGACAUGUCUCUAUCGGAACUGUUCUCGACCGAGAGGAACACCUCGAGCACACAGACCAUCCCUGGGCCGGCGGCCUUCCAGACAGACACGCUCAGCAGUUUGACACAGACCGACAUGAAUGAGCCCAGUUUGUGUGAGCCCGCCUCGCUACUGGCCAUGGACUCUUAUGCUAAGCCCUUGGGAAGCCUAAACAGUUUCUUUGACGACAGCCUGGAAGGGGUGCCCAAGCUGGAGUCGUGUUUCCAGGCGGAAGACGCUAGCCUGAUGGGCGACGAGCCGGGCUACUCGGAGCAGCAGAUCGAGAGCAUCCUGACGCGUAACCAGGAGGUGAUGCUGGGGGGCACGGGCUCGUGCAGCACGGAGACUCAGACGGAGGUCGACUUGGGCGAGGGCUGCUCCCCACACGAUGACCUGCCCUUCACACUUUGCUUGAACAAUGAGACACAGACGACAGAAGACUUCUCCUGCUUCGACGACCUGCUCUACUCGAACAUGUGCACGCAGACGUGCGAUGACGCCAUGUUCCUGGACUUUGACUUCAACAGCAUCGAGACCCAGACGGUCGGCUCUGUGUACAGGGAAGAUCUGACUUUUGCGUCUGCAGAAACGCAGACGCCCUUCUCGGAUGCAUCGCUUGUAGCCCACGACUCUCCGGCUUCAUGGUUGUCCGAGAUGAGCAACAUGGAAACUCAGACGGAUGUGGACAGCCUGAUUGCAGAGUUAUCGAAGAAUGAUACAAACCACAAACUGUUAUGAGGGUUCCUGGAAUAUAUGUAGUUUCGACAGGCUGCAUAUUUUUCCCAGAGGAAUGCUCUGCUGAAGCUAGUCAGUUUGAUGAUGAAACAGUGAGAUUUGAAGAAGAGUUAAAAUAAAAAUUAUAUGUUUUUGUUAUGCAUAGAUAUGCAAGAAAUUAAGAAAAUGGCCAUUGGUUAUAUAUUUAUUUAAAUUGUUAUUUAUAGUUGACCAAUGAAUAUUUUUAUUGAAAUUCAAAGUGAAUUGUAAAUAAUCUUUUAUUUAUAGUUAAAAAUUUAGGUUUUUGAUAUGAAUGCUUGGUGCCAGUAGUAAUAUAGUUUAUUGUGUGCCAAAAUCACUUGGUGCUUCAAAUAGUUCAUAUUUGUUUUUGCGUGGUUUGUAUAUUUAUAGUGAAGCCUUGAUUCUUAAUAGAAACAAAUACUAUCAUAAAAUGAAAUAGGGAAAUACUAUAAAAUAACUUUGCAUAAAAUAAGACUGGAUUUGUAAUCAGGUUACAUAUCUGGAGGAAAGCAGCAAGACACAAGUUUUUAAGUAGUAUUUAAUGCUCUCAAUAUAUGGUGAAGUAUCAUUAAAAUAUGACUUUUUUUAUCUUGUAUGUUAUAAAGUAAUUAUUAUUAAUACUGUUUUCAAUAGAUGUGUAUAGAUGAGAGCUAAAUUUAUGAUGCAUUUGAAAGUGUGAUUGGCUUGCAAAAUAUUAUUGCCGAUGUUCAACACUUGCUUUUUAAUAUGUCUAUAUAAUAAUUAUGUGCUCAUUAUGAUUGCAAAUUUUGCUGUAAUUUUACUGUUCAAUAAAUGGCCAAUCAUCUAAAAUAUAAGUAAUACGAAAAUGUUAGAUUUCCUCAUUGUGAAAAUAUUUAGUAUUCAGCACUGGGUAGAGAAUGAUUGUGGUUUAACUUCACAAAAGAAAUCUAUGUGUGUGUUUGAAGGUGAAUAGAGAAUAGAGUAAAAUUGUUGAACUAAAAGUAUGUAGUGUGUUUUGUAAUCUAAGAGAGUUCUUCACUGUGUUAUGGUAAUUUAAUAUAUUGCCAUUGCACAAAACAUGGGGCAGCUCUCUCAACCUCGUACUGCUUGCCACAUGUACAAAAGUUUUGUGUUGUUAUUACAGUUGGAUGCUCUGCUUUUCUUGUAUGCCUCAUAUUCCAGAUGGAAAUAUGUUGUAUACUAAUUGAGACUAGUAAUUAUGUCAUUCACUUUAAAAUCAUAGUAGGUGGUGUGAAUUAUUGUAAAGUGUGUUGUUUGGAUUGGAAUGAAAUGAAGUUAUUUGAGUUCUUUCAGGAAAAUUAUUUAGUGUAAUUGAUGUGGAUUAGUUUCUUAGACAAAAAUAAGUGCUAGUAUUAAGGUGUGUCUUAUUUGUUCAUUGUUAAUAAAUUAGGGUUAUCUUAAAUUAACUCCUAAAGUGUACUGAAUUAAAUGUUUGUGCAAGUGUAGAAUCAGUAUUUCUGAGACACUGGGUAGUGUGGGGAGGGUUGCUCUAUGGUUUAGCCCUUAUUUUGUGACUCGGCAAAAAGCAUUAGUCUCACGUAAACAAUAUGUUUUUACUGGCAGUUUCUGGGUGAGACUUGUAUCUAAUGCUUCUUCAAGACUGAGUGUUCUACUCCACUUCAGGUAUUGUUUGAAAAAUAUUUUUAAAAAAUGUGUUAUGCAAAUUUACCUCAAUGGACCCUAUGGGAACCACUCAAAUCUCAUAAAUGAAAAUGUACUGAAAAUCAUUACAAGAGACAUAGUUCAAACUUUAUAUUAUGCACAUUAAUCAGUCAUGCAUAGGUACAAGAAAUACAUAAAUGUGUGUAUAUGAGGUGUGUGUGGGGCACAACGUCCUAAUUAAUUUUUUUUGUAAAAUAUUUCUUAUCUCUACUAAUCUCUUAAAGUUAAAGUGGAAAAUAUAUGAACCUAGCAAGGAAUUUAUUUUAAUGCUCUCAAUUUUUCAUAUAUUGUCUAAUAGCUGUUAUAUUAUGGGUAUAUGUACGUGGUUUAAAUGUUUUAAAGUUUACCAAAUUAAUUGCCCUCCCCCCAAAUGUCUCUCAAUGAUGUAUUCUUAGUGCAUAUAAAUUGUUUUUGUAGAAGUUGUGCUUUUUGUAAUAUUGUUUUUGUAGUUUGUGAAAAAUAGUUUAAUCUGUAGAGUGAAUUUUGUGGCAUGGAAUUUGUGUUCAUUUUAAACUUGGUUUUCCUUUUUGAAUACCAAGUGAGGCCAACCUUACGGAGCAAGUGGUUAUUGUCUACACAUAGCAUGUGCAAAUGCUGCCUAGGACACAUGGUAUUAUAUUGCAACGUUAGUGUUAUAAGCUUUUAAGAGAUGGAAUGGCAGCCGUGGUCAAGACCUUUUAAGAUGGCUGGGUUUGUUGGGUGAGAAUAAUCUUAUAGCAUCAGUACUGCUCAGGCAUAGCUGCAGUAAUUUAUACCAGAUAAAUUUUUCAUCUUAGAUAUAAAAUACACUAAUUGCUUUGUCUAUAUUUGCAUUGAGGUAUCACUUGUCUAGCCAAAUUAUGGUUCGCUGAACAAAAUAGCUUUCUUGGAUUAAGAUAAACAGUAGUCUUGAUUAACCAAAAUAAUGUAAACAGCGUCAAUCUCGGAUAAGCUAAAUCUUCAUAAUCCAGAUAUACCUAUUAAGAAAAUAUUCUUUGUUUUCAGUUACAGUGGUAUCAUUUUUUGAGGUAAUGUUUUUUUCAUCUUUUCUUCAGUGUAGAUAUUUUCACUUCACUCCAUGAUUUUCCCAGCCAGUAUAUGGCAACUUUGAGGUUAACUUUUGUUAGGUUUUUGACAAUAGAUCAUUUUGUAGGUUCUCAAGCAGAUGUUUUCUUGUUUGCUUGUAAUGGAGCUGUAGCUCGGCUUGGAUAAUGCAGAACCUCAGUUUAUCUAAUCUCGGUUGAUCAAGACUCUAUUGUACUUAUUUUUUACGGAAUAAUAAUUAAUCUAUGAAUAGAGGUCACUGUAUGUAUUUGCAUGAGUGUAGCUGCAGUUUCUGGGGCGUUUAUAACUCUCCGUCCAAAUCUUUGCAUACCAGUGAUUCAUAGUCGCUUAUUUCCCCAACCAGCUCUCCCAUAGUUGUAGUGUUGGGAAGAUCCUGUUUUGCUUUAUGUUCCAUUCAAACAGCAUGAGCCCUUAUGAAGUAAAGUCAGAAUGCAAAAACAGUAGCACACAAUUGUGUAAUAUUAAUAUAAAUGCUUUGAAGUACAGUAUAUUAAAAUCCACUAGUCCUGUAAAUUUAAAUAAGAGGGGGAGAAAAUCAAAAUGGCAAGCCUUUACACUUGCUUGUCUGAAUAUGUUAACGAACCCACAUUUGUUUUCCCAUGCAUUAAAUAUCAGCAGUAUUAAUGUUAGUUUUUUAAUGUUUUUAGUAGAGUGCAGUAAAUAUAAAUUAGUAAUCUCACACCAUCAGCUAUAGUAAAAAUUAUUAAAAGCUUGAACACACCUCUUUUUUUGUAGAAAAAGGAAGGGGUUGGAAAGCAAGUGGAAGUAGAGGUACUUGCGGAGAUUACGGAAGAAGCAGAAGGAAUUCCCAGAUUGAUAGGAAGGAAAAUUUGCCAGGGAGAAGAUUGUCGCACUCGUCAUGCAUGAGCGUGAUAGCUCAGAGUAGGCCAUGCACUGUGUGAACAGCAGUAGUGGAAGAAAGUGAAACUACUGGAGGCUUAGAGAGAAAGAGAGAUACCAGGGGAGUGGUGGGAAGAUAGAGUAAAGAGGCAGCCAUUCUCAAGGCUGACUGGAAAUAGCUGUGGGCAACAAUAACACACAACUAAAUGUGUUUGGGAAUAUUCUUCGUUGUAGACGUGUUAGUAACAGAGUUCCAAGAAGACUGCUUUGAAGGCUACUGAAGUACCACUGAAACUGUCAUCUUCAAGCCAUGCACGUGUGUGAAUACAUGAAACGUGCUGGUUGCGCGGAGGUGAACAAGUUAGUCAGUCUAGGAACUUUCCGAUCGUACCUUUUGCCACGUGUGGGUAAAUUCAACUGUAAUUAGUACUCAACUUAUAAACAAUGUGUGCUUUUUUAGAACUCUAAUGAAUAUCCAAGGAUCAUAAAUGUUUUAAUUAUUUUUGAUGUGUAACAUCUAAGCUCUCUGUUUACGGCAUUUGGUAGUAGUAAUUUCGUGAAUGCGAUGGAAAUGGGUAACAGGAAGUAGGGAGAAGCGCAUGCCAUGGCGUUUAAAAAAGAGAGGGCGGAAGGGAGAAAGAAAAAGAAGAGAGAGCUGUUUUUCAUUAGUUUUGCUAACAGUAGGCUGGAACAGCAUGAAGCAUUGCCAUGUGGCUUUUCUAAUAUGUUAUAAAUAUGUUGUGAAAUAAUAAUGUAUAUUUUAUAAUACAAAUUCAAUAAAUAAUAAGUGUUGUAUUAAUAUGUGUUGUAUUAAUACAUAAUUUGUGACGCAGUAGGUUAGAUGUUGCACAUCACAGACGAGUACUGAAAAACUCACUUUUUUAAAAUUAUUUAGUAUUGACAGUAGUGGUAGCCUUUUAAUGAAUUAGGAACAUUGAAAUAUACAUGUCAAGGAACAAGGUUCAUAAAUAGGAUGGAAGAAGAGCAAUGAAAAGCACUCAUGCAAUAGACUGGUUUAGACCCCACAAUCUGCCGAGUGCAAUUCAGAUGUGCUUAGGCACGAUCAGAUGGUCUUGAAAAUCAAAAUGCUUGGCGAACUUUCUGUAUGCAGCUUUCUUAAACAGUAUGAAAUGGCUCUGCACCUCUUAACUGUGACCAAUGUUGUUUUUACUAUUCAGUUUCUGACCUCAAUUCCUGGUUUGACUCGGUUCGUAAGCAUGGAGCCGAUGCGGCGUGGUUCGGAACUACUAAUCGUGCAAGUCUGUUACCUUGAGCAUCCGAGAUAACCUGCUUAUGUAAUAAUCCUACCUUCAACUUUUUUAUCAUUUAGUUUGUAUAGACAAAUGGUAUAGAUAAAUGUUUUAGGGCUCUGCACGUACUCAUUAUAGCCUUUCUGUUCUUCUGUUCAUACAGCUUUUGUUAUGUAAGAACUGUUGCACUACCCUCAUGGUUUGCAAUUUCUCAAAUUAUUAUGAUAUCCAAUCCCAAUAAUAAUGAUUGCAAUGAGAAAAAUACAUUUCUGGCACUGUUUUGUAAAUAACAUAAAAACAAACUAAAAUUUUCAAAUUAAUAAUUCUGGGGAAUAGGUUUUUUAUGUAUAAAAGUACAUCUAUUAUGCACUGAUUGCAAACACUUUGGUAAAAAGAAUUUAAAGGAAAAUGCUUAUUUUAAAAUGUUUUACUACACAAUAAAACAUACAAUUCUAAGAAAAGUUUUUUUUAGUAUUUUGGUAGAACUUUAAUCAACUUGUCUCUAAAUGUGACAAUCUGUUUUUUGCAUGCUUUAGUUCAAAUUAUGAUGGUACCUGUUUAUAGACAGUAUACAGUUUUUUUUUGUGUGUGAAAAUUGUUUUUAAGUGAAAUGUGGUACUGAAAUAUUUGAAAUUGCUAUCUGGCCUAGUUCGCCUGUGUUAAACAUUGACUGGACAAACUGAAGCUGGCUGGACAUGCUCUUGCUGUCAGUACUGAGAUUUUAUUUUAAAUAUUUUGUUUACUGUUUUACCAUUGAUUGUACAAGUGCAAGAAAAUGUUUUUUUCCCCCACCGAACUGAUUUGUUGAAUUAUUUUUAUGAACAUUGCCAACUUUUUUGACACAGAGUGGUAGUAUAUAACACCUAUGUUGAAAAUCUUGGUGUUUAAAGCAUGUUUUUCUCAGAUAAUGGAAAUGCUACUCAGACGUAGAAAGUAUUAUAAGUUUAAUCGUUUCCAUGUACUAUUACCAUUGUGCAUUUUUAAGGUAAUUUUUAUACUUAUUCACUGUUCUACUUUAGUCAGUAGUGUUAGGUGUAUAUUGGGUGUAUUUUUGGCCAGUGAAAAAAAGAUGUAUGUUGUUUAUUAAAAAUAAUAAUGUGAAAUUAUUUGAAAACUUUGAGACUCAUUUAGAAUUAUGGUUGAAGCACUCUAAGUUUAUGUCAUGCAAUGAACAUAAUUUCAUGAGGAAAAAAUGUUUGAUUUUUUUUUAUAUUAACACACUUGAUUUAAUGAGGUGUGUAUUUAUUAUUGUUAUUUACCUUAACACAAUAUAUAUGUGGUCAGUGUAACAUUUGAGUGCCCAGACUCCUCUGCUGUUCGAGGGUAGAGAUGUGCUGAAUGCAUUGGCAUAGAUGCGAGACUUUCUGUGGUUCUCACUGUCGUACUUCUAUGCUUCUGAUCUCCAGUUAUGUAGUACGUCCCACAAGUAAGUGCACCUUGACAGAUAACUUCAUCAUUGUUUAAUGUUUGAAAGGUAAAUAUUUUUGCCAUCAUUUCUGAGCAAAAUACUAGUAAAUGAUUGGCUAGUCAGUUUCUUUGGAAAAACCAAUACUUCAUUUUAUUUACUGGAAUAAAUUGUGUGAAGUGACUUCUUGGCAACUCAAGUGAAUCUAUCACAAAAGGACACUCGCUGAUGGUACGCACUACAGCUGAAGGGCAUGCCUGACAACUGCAAUGAUAUUCUGUUGGUUCAUUGCCACGGACAUGCCAUUUCGUGGGACAGUUGGUCGUUCUGUAGCCAACAGCAUAGUGAAGGUAUUUGCAUGUCUGGUAUUUGUGAAGGCAGUUUUGUAAUAUUCUGUAACAUCACGAGUGUUAACAUAUUAAUUGUAUCACAUUCAAGAUUUUCAAAAGAUGAAAAUGCAUGACAGUGUAAUUUUACUAAGUGUACCAUUUAAAGAAAUUAAUUUUUUUGUGUGAAUUAAGAUGUCUAUUCUGGGAGUUGGUGUAAUGUACCUUAGUCACAAUGUUUAUAUGUGAUGUUUAUGUGCACAGAUUGUGUGCCAGGGGUGUGUGUUAAAAUAUUGCAUUAAAAUUGUUAUAGUAUUUGUUAUCUUGUAAGCACAAGAUAGGAUAAACUACAAGCGUUCCAUGGAUUAGUAAAUCCUGUAUUACCAUUAAUUUCCUUGAAUGACAAUGUUUCUAACUUAGAAAACUGUGUGCAAUAUGGAUUUGUUUUUGUGUAUGUCAACAUAAUCGUGUCUGUACGUUUCUUAAGGAAAGUUUUGUGAUGCGUCACAUUUUUUACUAGUAGGGUACCUGAACACAGAUCUUAUCCUAUGCUACAAAUUGCUGUGAUCUGCUUGCUUCCUCACACAUAACAUAAAGUUUGAUCAAUUGCAACUUCUUUAGUGAUAAAAAGCUAGUUGGAAACAACUACUAUAAAUAAUAGUUCAAAACUUUCUUCCUCAAUUGAGAACUGUGAAUGUUCUCCAGAAAUAUCUGUGCUAAAUGACUAGCACUGCAGCAGGUGGCAUAACUCGGGCCAGCCCGCACGCACUGAAGUGGCUAGGCACGGAUCGUGCUGAGGCAGAACUAUCGAGGAUUCCAAGACAGUGAACAAGUUGGGUUUUAUCAUUUUCCCCAGGAAACCGCACCAUUUUGUGACAUGUUUGAUCAAACCACAGGCAUUCAUUUCUAUUUAGCAUUUAGUGGUGUAUAUUGAACUGACUAAUAUACGCUCACACCACCUUCAACAACCCUUCUAUGAGCAUGUUUAGUUUUAUUUUGACGUAGUAUGUUUACACACCACAAGUCAUUGAACCAAGUCUUGUGUUCACUUAGAUUACAUAAUAUAGAUUUACAUUAUACUACAUAGUAUUAAAUAGUUGAAGUUUGUAGCACAUGAAAUCAAAUUGUGUAAACUGAAUCAUACAGUGUUAAUGCACACAUUUCACUGCCAUUACGUUUUCUGCCUAUACAAAGGCUGCUAAGAGAUAGUAGGUUGACGUGUACAAAUAUAGCUCGAAGCAAGUUCUCACUUAAUUUAAUUUUUUUUUUUGUCGCAUGUCAGAAAGUUGCAGAUUGUUAUCUUAGUUGUUCCUGUAGAGUAAUUUUAGCAUUAAGGCCGACGCUUGACAGAGUCGGUUAUGAGGCCUGUGUUUUGUGUUUGUCUUCUGCAGCUGUUUGUGUAGUUUGUAGCUUGCAUUUCCACUGUUGUGUGAACUGCCUGUAUUGUUUGUUUCCUUAGUACGAAUCUGUCUACAGUUUUUAUUAGAGUUGUUUUAGGGUAAGAUAAAGUUGUAGAGAUGAAGCUAUAAACCCAUAGUUGCCACAACAGAAAAAAAAAAUAAAA